CACAUUUCGUGCCGAGCAGCACGAAACAAGCGGGUCCGAGCGUUUGACGUGAUUAGACAAAAAGCACAUGGUCGCUCGAUGGGAGUUGGGCGGGGAUCCAUGCAAGUUCAGGCAGGAUGCAGAUCAAGCCAACAGAAUCAAGGGGGGAGACAGCUGUCGAUGAUAUCUCAAGUCAGGCGUGGUCGCGCAAAGAAUCUUGAGAGGGUGCGUAAACGCGAUUAUCAUGUUCUCAAUCGCUGUCAUUGGACGCUUGCCGAGAGUGAAUCAAGUGCAUAUCCUGUUCCUGCACGAACAGAAAUCGUCCAGGUUCCCUCUCGCCCUUCCUUUCCUCGUGCAUACCAUCUCGGCCAUUCGGGAAGAGUUCUAGCGAGAAAACAACACAGCAGAGUGCCAUCAAACACCGCCACAUCGGAAAACUAGGGAAUUCUGCUUGUACACUGCCCUCUUCAACAUGUUCCGCCCUAGAAGAUGGUAUAAGUGGGACCGCGAAAGUGCAGCAUACUGCAUUCUCUCUUCUCUCGACGUCGCACCGCGCCGGCAGAGUAAACUGGAAAGUCAAGCGCUGACCCGGGCGUGGGAAACCCAGAGCUGGCUUUAGAUAACUCUGCUACGUCUUCGAGUUGACCGUCCGUGCUUCUUGUCUCCCGGCAUCAUCAUGGCUCAAAAUCCCUAUAAUAACGCGCAAUGGGGAGAUCAGUACUCUGACCCAUCCCAACCCCGGAUCCAGCUUGAGCAGGAGUUCGAGUAUUCGCUACCCCAGCAGUCACACUCCGGUCCAAGCUUCCAGCCCACCUUCCAGUUCGGCAAUGGCAGCAGUUUACAGAACUCAUUCACCCAGUCCCAGGCUCGCAGCUCAUCCUACCCUCGUCCCAGUCACAGUCCGUCCGGCUCGGUCGAUCGCUCUCAUUUCAUCGGUGUCUCGACCCCUCAACAACACCUCAGCACCUUCUCCUUUGAUAACCAAGCCUCCGGUUUCUUGAAUCCAGAGUCACAUCCUCAAUACCAUAACAACAUAUCCUCUUACAACCUCCAGAUGUCUGCGACACCCACCCCGGUCACAGCGACCAGCCUUGGUGCCAGCGGUUCGGGGGAUGUGCGGCCCCAUCACCAGUCAUCGGCGCCCUACUCACAGGCUCCGUCGAGUCUGCGCCAACAGCCGAAAACCAAGCGCCAUCGUACCGUCGACAUCGUGCGUGAUGAGAAGGAUAACGAGGACCUGGAAGGUGAAGAGGUUAGCAACGCCCGUGCUAAACCACUGGGAGCUUGCGCGCGAUGCAAGACCUUGAAAGUCAAAUGCGAGCUCAAAACCGAUACAGAUCCGUGCAAGCGGUGUUUCAACGGCGGGUACGAGUGUGUCACCCCGGGACGGAAGAAACGUCGCACACCGCCCAAGCGCGAGCAUCUGCUCAACCAGAUCCGCGAACAAGCAGCUGAAAUCCAGCAGCUGAUGGCCCAAUUGGAGAAGACGAACAACGCGCCCGUCAAGCCACCGAAUACCGCCGCGACGGACACGUUCCCGCUGUCGCCAAGCUCGUCUGGCAUCCAUUCUCCGGUGCUCUCGCCAACAUCAAACGGGUCGUACUUUGACGCGGGAGUCAUCGGGCCGGCUUGUCCGGACAACGUCGAAACGAACAAGGUCGUCGAGGACUGGAUCGCAAAGGCUCGCGGUAGUCUCGCCGAGUUUGAUGGCUUCAUUGGGAUCGGCGGUGCUGGGUUGUCAAAGCGAUAUCUUGUCGAGGAAGAUCUCGAGGACUCGAGCAGCGGGGAUGACGAUCAUGCGGUCAGUGACGACGAUGAUCUUGGCGAUGGAACGACGCAUGGCGGUGCUGUCGACAUAGAAGUCAUGGAUUCAGAUGGGGAAGAGGUGCCUGUCGGUCAUAGAGGUCACCGAGGUGUCAAAGAUCGGCAGAUGUCCAACUCUUCAUCCACCACUGAUCGGAAUCCGAAAAAGAAGGACAGCGGAAAUACGAAACUGGCGACACUCCCCAGUGAAGCAAGUCCUUUCGGCCUGAUGGCUGACCUGAGUCUGAAGACUGGUCUGGCUGAGAGCCCUGAAGCCGUGGACGCGCCGGCCCUUGGCGUCGCCAACGCAGAUUUCUUCAGAUCAAGCCCUACACCGGAUCCGAUGCGGGGACGACAGCUCAACCCGGCUAUGCCCCAUAUAUUGACUCGUGGCGUGAUAACCCCCCAGGAGGCCGAGAAGUUGUUCGAUAUCUACUUCCAAUGCAUGAACAUCUCAGUGUCGUUACUCGAUCCGGUUCUCUACACACCCCAGAAGACGUGCUUCCGGAGUCCUUUCUUGUUCACAGUCGUGUGUGCCAUCGCAUCUAGAUUCUACACCGAGCGCCCGGAGCUGUACAACCAGGCCAUGCAUUUUGCCCAGUUGGCCGCUGGGACAGCCCUGAUCGGGGGCCACCCCAAGUGCGUGGAGACCUGCCAGGGAUAUAUCCUCAUGUCUCUAUUCCCCGCCCCUGCCAAGAGGUGGGAAGAUGAGCGAGGAUGGUUGUAUCUAGGACUCGCGAUUAGGAUGGCGAUCGACCUGAAUCUCCACCUCCCCAACACCGCCAAGCCGAUCAACGAAAGCCACGAGCGAGAGAUGCUCAAUCGAACGCGCGUUUGGCUGAACUGCUUCAAUCUCGAUCGGUCCACCGGCUCGCAGUACGGCAAGGCGCCUACAAUCAGCAACAGCGAUUACAUGGCCAACCAUUCCGAGGACUGGUGGCGCAAGUCGACGUACAACAUCCCCAAUUUCGACAUCCACAUCUGCGCUUACAAUUCCGAGCUUAAAGUAAUGGCUGGUUUCAUGAGCAAGAUCUACAGCGACCCGGAGCAUCCCACUGGUUUGAACAAGGUUAGCGAAUCACUCUCCUCGGAGGUUGCUCUGACCGCGGUGCAGAACGUAGACUUUGAAAAAGUGGCUGCCGAAACGGACGAAGAAUUGAAGCGUCUGGGAGAAAAGUGGCAGAGUGUAUUGAACGAAACCGAUGUUUGCGAUCCGCAGAACUGUUUCCGGACAGGGUUGCUCAAGCUUGCUUACGGUUAUGCUCGCCUUGUCGCCCUUUCGUUUGGGUUCCAACAUGCUUUCGGCAAGAACCACUCGGACGAGAACCCCUUCUUGAACAGGUGCCUCGCUGCUGCUACUGAUGUUGUGAUUGCCCUGGUGGACGAUGUAGGCAGACCAGAACAACGCAUCUACUUGCGCCAUGGACCGAUAGCCCAAAGUGUGUUUGCCACAUUUGCUGCUUCCAUCCUCGUCAAGUUGUUGCAGCCCAAGUUUUCAUCCUAUCUGACUGCCGAAAAGCGGCAAGAGAUGCGAGGGCUGGUGAAGAAAGUGAUCGACCUGCUGGGAUCUCCGGAUGUCUCGAUCGACGACAAACAUGGGCCUCAUCUCUACGCGCGGUUCCUCAAGGGUCUGCUCGCCGCUCCUCUGGUGAAGGACUCCCGCCCGCGCCGAAGCGUGCGGAACAGCUUGGGACUGGGCGAUUCCAUGGAGCUCGCGUCAAACCACACUUCGCCCGAGGCAAGCGACACGUUGUCCCCUGCCCCGACCACGGCGGCGCUCUCCUUUGACCGAUUUGCUCCGCCGCUCGGGGGCAGCAUCGAUCCGUUCAUGCCUUUGGUGCAGGAGCAUCACAGUGCGCUCGGGCUCGAGGCGGAUAUGUCCCCUCCGGAUUUCUUCCCUGCAUCGGCACCCUACAAUCCAUCAGGCAAUGGCACACUUCUCCUGGCUGAACCAAGGCUGGACCAACGGGAUGUACACUAAUCAGACAUUCCAUCAGUAGGACAUCUGUGCUGUAUUUUUGCUUCCCCCAGAUUAUUGUAAACAAUUACAUAUAAAUAUACG